GACAGUAUCCACACAACAGGAAAGUCCAGACUAUGGAGUUCUUUUGUCAAGAUGAUCACUCACAUGUCACUGUGCAAACUGUUUCCUUUAGUUCUAGUGGGGGUUGUGGUGUUUGUAGUGAGCGGGAUCACUGGAGACCCCCUGUAUGAAUGCCUUCAAGACACCGACUACAGUGAGCUUCUAGAUAUUGUUGAUAAAGGACUCCCUACCACAAAGAAACCUCAACACGUAGCAAUUAUUGGGGGUGGCGUCGCUGGACUCACCGCAGCCAGGUUUUUGGAAGAUGCCGGCCAUAAGGUGACCAUCAUAGAAGCCAGUCACCGUAUUGGAGGACGCGUUGAGACCUUUAGGAACACAAGGGAAGGCUGGUAUGCAGAGGUGGGCGCCAUGCGGAUCCCCAGCUUUCAUAAGAUCCUGCUCUCCUUUGCCUCCAAAUUAGAAAUUCCCUUGAACCAUUUUAUCCAAAAUGACAUGAACACCUACUUUUUGCUAAAUGGAAACCUUCAUAAAAACUUUGCAGUGGUGAACAACCAUGAUGUGCUUAACUACACGCUGGAUGAGGGAGAGAGGGGGAAGUCAGCUGCGCAGCUCUUCAGUGAAACUCUGUGGAAGGUGAGAGAUGAUCUUCAGACAAGUGGUUGCGGUGCAAUGUUGGACAAAUAUGAUUCCUACACAGUCAAAGAAUACUUGGUGAAAGAGGGCAAUCUGAGUCGUGGUGCGUUGCAGAUGAUUGGAGCCAUCCUGAAUGAAAACAGCCUCUUUUACACAUCCAUGCUAGAGAUGUUGUACGUUCAGUUCGACAUCAAUGACAACACUGAGUACUUUGAAGUGACCGAUGGCUUUGACCACCUAACAACGGCUCUCUACGGGGCAUUAAAUGCCACAACCCUUCUCAACUCCAAAGUCAAACUCAUCGACCAAUCAGGAGGCAGAAAUGUGACAGUGACAUACCAGCACCGGCGUACUCCAAGUUCCCUGACCAACCUGACGGUAGACCAUGCCCUGGUUACAGCCACAGCCAAGUCUACCCUCUUCAUUGACUUCCAGCCACCGCUUUCUGGGGACAAAAUGGAAGCCCUGCGUUCAGUUCACUACGCAAGCUCCACCAAAGUGAUUCUGAGCUUUAGAGAGCGCUUUUGGGAAAAAGAGGGUAUCAGGGGAGGGAAGAGCAUCACAGACCGACCGUCUCGCUUUAUUUAUUACCCCAGUCACAGUUUCCCCGGAACAGACGCAGGAGUCCUGCUCGCAUCUUAUACUUGCUCUGAUGAUUCCACCCUCUUUCAAGGUGUGAGCGAAGAAGAGCUGAUGGCUGUGGUCCUGGACGACUUGGUAAAGAUCCAUGGAGACGAUAUCAGGUCUCUAUAUACUGGCGGACUGGUGAAGAAGUGGGGCUUGGACCCCUACAGCCUGGGAGCCUUUGCCCUGUUCACACCCUACCAGGGCCUUUAUGCCACAGAACUAUUCCAGAGUGAGGGACGUGUGCACUUUGCAGGGGAACACACCGCCUUACCUCAUGGCUGGAUAGAAACUUCCAUGAAAUCUGCUCUCAGAGCUGCCAAAAAUAUUAAUAGCCUCACAAUUUAA